AUGGACCGCCUCCGCGAGGAGUUCGAGGACCAGAGGCGGGAGAGGGAGAAGGAGCUGGAGAGGGACAUUGCGCGGCAGUUGGAGCACCGCCGGAGCGAGGUGGAGCGGAGCCUCCGGGUGUCCCUCGAGGCCGAGGUGCGCGAGAAGCUCAGGCCGUGGAGGGAGGAGCAGGAGGACCGGAUGCGGCAGGAGCUGCUCGAGGAGAUGCGCAGGGACGAGGAGAGGCGGCGCCUCCGCGCCCAGGAGGAGGUGGGUGACCGGCUCGACGCGUGGAGGCGGGACCUGGAGCGCGAGCGUCGGGCGGCGGCCGAGCGGGAGGUGGACGAGGCUGUCCUCCGCUGGAGGCGUGACGCGGAGCGGGACAGGCAGAGGGACCUCGAGCGGGAGCUGGACGAGUGGAGGGCAGAGCUGCUCCAGAGGGGGCGCGAGAAGGCCGAGCGGGAUGUGGCGGAGGAGGUGGCCGGGUUGUCGGCGGACCGGCGCGCGGCGCUGCAGCGGGAGGCGGACGAGGGGCUGAGCGCCCUCGAGGCGGAGCUGGAGCAGAGGGCCGGGCGGCUGCGGAGGGAGGCGGAGGCGCGCCAGGAGGAGGAGCGCUCGGCGCUGGAGGCGGCCCACGCGAGGGGGCUCCUCGAGCAGCGGCAGCGCCACCAGCGGCAGCUCGCCGAGGCGGAGGCGGAGGCGCCUCCGCCGCCGCGGGCGCGGUCGCGGUCGCCGCCGCCCGAGGCGGCGGCUGCCGCGGCGGCAGAGUCGGAGUCGCUGAGGGGGGAGCUGGAGGAGGCGCUGCGGUCCAGGGCCGCCGUCGAGCAGAGGCUGCGCGAGUUGCAGGCGGAGCUCGCGGCCGCGGAGCUCGCGCGCGCGGCGGAGGCGCGGAGCGGCGCGGAGCGCGCGGCGGAGCUGCGGGGGGCGGCCGCGGAGCUGGAGCGGCUGCGGGCGGAGCUCGCGGAG